AAAAGGUUGUGGUUGCAUCACGCAGGGAACAGUAAAGUAAAGUUCUCACUUUUCGCACAACACUCUCUCCUUCCCCCCAUCAAACUGCUUCGACACCAAUCUCGCAGCUCAAAUUACGUAAUCAAAAUCUAUACACAAUACCAUCUCCGCAGUUCUCUCUCUCGGAUUCCAUCUUCUCUUGCUGGAUGUUUCAAACUUUGAAUAAUUUGACACACUUUCCCGAGAAACAAGCAGGAAAAAGAAGAUACAACGACUAGUAAACGGAGAUUGCGAGGACUGAAAACCGAGAUUCCAGAACUGACCACAGUUCUCUGCUCUGGGACUCGUAACGAUAAAAUUAUAUAUCCGGAUUUUCUUCAGUGUCAAAUGUGUGGGUAGUAGAGGACUCUCAGAGGACUGUCGGUUUUGGAAACCCUAGCGAUUUGUUUAUUUUGUUCGUUUGUUUUGUUUGUUGGGAGAUGGACAGGUCAAGAUCUAAGAGGAACUACUACUAUGACCACCAGGACUAUGAUUCGGAGACGGUGGGUAGGACGAGGCCUCGCUACAACAACCACUACCCGGCCACUCCUCCUCCUCCUCCUGCCCACCACCGUCACCGAGGCGGUUCGGGUCGGGCAUCUAAGCCCCAGCCCGAUCCCUCUAUGACUGUGACUACCACGUAUCGCAUCCUCUGCCUCGACAUGAAGGCUGGUGGGGUGAUCGGCAAGUCCGGGAGCAUCAUCAAGUCGAUCCGGCAACACACGGGCGCGUGGAUCAACGUCCAUGAGCUUAUCGCUGGCGACGAAGAGCGGAUCAUCGAGAUCUCUGACACGCGCCGCCGGGACCCCGAGGGCCGAAUGCCCUCUUUCUCUCCUGCCCAGGAGGCCCUGCUCCUCAUCCAUGAUAGGAUCCUCGAGAGCAGCGACGAGUUCGGCUCUAGCGGCGGCGAUGAUGGCUACGGAAUGGUUGGUGUGGGAGGGAAGAAGGUGGCGACGAGGCUGGUGGUGUCGAGAAUGCAUGUGGGGUGUUUGUUGGGGAAAGGAGGCAAGAUUAUUGAGCAAAUGAGGAUUGAGACCAAGACCCAGAUUAGGAUUCUGCCUAGAGAUCAUAAUCUGCCCCGUUGCGUUUCCAUGUCCGAGGAGAUUGUUCAGGUUGUAGGUGAAGCGAAUUGUGUAAAGAAUGCUAUAAAUAAUAUUUCAACACGCUUGAGGGAGAGUCAGCAUCGAGACCGCAGUCAUUUCCAGGGACGAAUACACUCCCCAGAACGGUUUUUUGCUCCAGAUGAUGAUUAUAUCCCUCACAUAAACAGUGCAGCACGCAGAUCAUCCAUAGAUGGUGCUGCCUUUGGACCAAGAUUAUCUGCCCACAAUAUCAGAGGCAACAACUAUGCCUCACGGCCAUCUGGUUUUACAAUUGAAGGGACUGGCUCCAUGGCCUCAUAUGGUGAGGACCUCGUGUUUCGAAUGCUUUGCCCAAGUGAGAAGGUGGAUUUUGUCGUUGGAGAAGCAGAUGGAAUCUUAGAAUUGCUUCGAAAUGAAAUUGGCGUUGAUGUUAAGGUUACUGAAUCUGUACCUGGUUCAAAUGAGCAGAUUAUAAUUAUUUCUUCAGAGGAGGGUCCUGAUGAUGAGCUGUUUCCAGCUCAGGAAGCUUUGUUGCAUAUCCAAAACCGCAUUGUUGAUCUUGUUCCAGAUAAAGACAAUAUUAUAACGACUAGAUUACUUGUUCCAUCUUGUGAUAUUGGAUGUUUAGAUGGAAGAGACGGAUCGCUGUUGGAGAUGAGGAGAUUAACUGGUGCAAAUAUACAAGUUUUGCCAAGAGAAGAAAUCCCUGUGUGUGUGUCAGGGACAGAUGAACUUAUACAGAUUGUUGGGGAGAUAAAAGCGGCUCGAGAUGCUCUUGUCGAGGUGACAUCAAGACUACGGAGUCACUUAUAUAGGGAAUUCUUUCAAAAGGACAUGACACCCCCUUCUGUCUCUGCACCAGGCCCUGUGGGUAGCGGUCUGGGACAGGAAGCGUCUUCUCCCAAUAGCAUAAUUACUGUUCGGGAUGGUCACACCGGAGUUGAUGCUCCCAGUGCAACAUAUCAGAAUGUGCAAAAUGUGGCAAUAACUCAGCCAUCAAGGGACGUUGGAGGGCCUGGCAGUGAAAUACCAAAGCAGAAUGAAAUUCACCACCGGGAAGAUGUUCCAAUUGGUUUGAAUAGAAUCACUGUACCACUUGUCACUAGGAGUACACUUGAAGUUGUCAUACCAGACCAUGCAGUUCCCAAGCUCGUAAUGAAAUCAAAGAACAAGCUUGCUCAGAUAAGUGAGCUGUCGGGAGCCAAUGUAACCCUGAUAGAAGAUAGACCUGAGUUGACUCAGAAGAUCAUUCAAAUAUCAGGCACUCCAGAGCAGGCGGAGAGAGCCCAAAGCCUGCUUCAGGGCUUUAUUUUAAGCACACAAGAGGAUGGUCCUUAAAUUUUGAGGGGGCGUGCAUACUGAAAGCUUGCCAUGCUGGGAUGGUGCCAUUCAGUUUUUCAUAUCUGAUUUCCCAGAUAUGCAAUCCUAAAGAGGAAGGGAAUUUUCGCUCUACAGUCACAGGAUGGUUUGUAAAUCUUUCAACUAGGUGCGGUUCUAAGAGUAUGAAUGUUCAUGGUGAAAGAAACAUUCCGCUGUAAAUGUCAACAUCUAAAGAAAGCUUUAAUUGUAGGCUUUUCUUUUUUUCUUUUUUUUUUUCUUUUUUAAAUUUUAUUCCCCUGAAAUGUUCCAAUUUUCUGCAUUUAUUCGGGAGCACUGUAGUUGUUUUCACUUA